AUGCCGUCUGCUACAAGCAUCGCAUCUUUCACGCGACAGUUCCGCGUCCUGGUCGUCGGGGGCUCAUACGGUGGCUUGACCGCAGCCCUGACGUUGCUUGACCUAUCUCGCGGUCGAGUAGCCCGUUUCAACUCGACUCCAGAUGCGCAGCCGCCGCACAGACAGCUUCCCAUCCAAAUAACUGUCGUGGAUGAACGUGACGGGUUCUAUCACUUAAUUGGAUCUCCUAGAGCCUUGGCAUCUGAAAAUUAUGCAUCGAAGACCUGGACAAAGUUCGAGGACAUUCCGGCCUUGAGGUCCCCAGACAUUCGAUUCCUGCGCGGUAGUGUGAACUCCGUUGACUGCCAAAGCAAAGUGGCCCGUAUCCUUGACGCCCACACCAAAGAAACACGAAAAGAGAAAUACGACUACCUGAUUGCUAGUUCAGGACUGCGACGUGUCUUCCCAACCGUACCCCAGUCUCUUCGCAGGGAUGAGUUUGUGGAGGAAGCCAAGAAGCACGUAGAUGACAUCCACAAUGCCCAGGAUGGAAUUGUGGUUAUCGGAGGGGGCGCUGUUGGUGUUGAAAUGGCAACUGAGCUCAGACUUCUUCAUCCCAACCGCAACGUCACUUUGAUCCACUCUCGUGAUCGUGUACUCUCUGCAGAACCUUUGCCUGCUGAAUUCCAGGAGCGUGUGGGAUCCAUUCUGCAUGAAGCAGGCGUGAAGCUCAUUUUUGGACAACGAGUCCUCGACAUCACAGCUAUCGAGACCGAGGGAGAGCGACGGCUCUGGAAACUUGAGCUGGCUGAUGGAAGGACUAUCUAUGCAGGCCAUGUCAUGAACGCCGUUUCCAAAUCUGUUCCCACAACGUCGUACCUACCAGAAGAGGCCCUAACUGAGGAAGGCUACGUCAAGAUCCGCCCAUCCACGCAAUUCCCCAAGACCCUGCCGAACGCCGAAUCCCAUUUUGCCGUCGGUGAUAUGGUUUCCUGGUCAGGAAUCAAACGUUGCGGGGCUGCAAUGCAUAUGGGCUAUCACGCAGCAGUCAAUGCUCAUCAGCUCAUGCUGUCGGAGGAUUCGAACUACAAGCCUGAGUUUAUUAACCUCCAGGAGGUACCUCCCGUCAUGGCGCUCUCCAUGGGCAAGACAGCAGUCACAUAUACUCCGGAUUCGGGAACGAAGGAUGGAGAAGAUGUCCAUGACGUUAUGUUCGGCGAGGAUAUGGGUUAUAGCAUUUGCUGGAACUAUAUGAGAAUGUCUGAACCUUGUCAGGCAUAA